AUGGCACGUACUAGAGGAGGAAGUGCUAGAGGCAGAGGCAGAGGACCUCGCAGCACUAGGAGUCGAAAUGUGGAGACUCGUUCUACCAGAGCUGGGACACCUGUUGGAGAUAAUCAACAACAACAAGCGUUCAUCAUGAACACAUUGCAUAUGAUGACGGGAGUGAUGCAGGGUCUGGUGCAGAAUGCUUCUACAGGAGGAACUAGUACAAACACAAACGGAACGACAAUUGGUGAGGCAAGGGGAGUAACUCACCAACAGUUUAUGAGUUUGCAUCCUCCGAAGUUUUAUGGGAAAGGCACUGCGGACGAUGCCGAAGAAUGGAUAAAGGAAACAGAGGAGAUCUUUACCACCCUGGAAGUGCCUGACAACAAGAAGGUUCGGAAUGGAUUGGUUAUACCAUCACUACGCAACGAUAGAUUGCAGAAAAAAGAAGCUAAGAUUCGAUUGGAGAAUGGUCAAAAGAUCGAAUUUAGGGUAAAAACGCCCCAAGAUCAAAGAAAGCUAGUUGUCUCAAUGGUUAAGGCAAGAAAAUACAUGGAAAAUGGGUGCAUUGCAUAUUUGGUUAGCAUGGAUGCAAUCGAGCAGAAAUUAAAACCCAUUAGUGAGGUGCGUACGGUGAAGGACUACGCAGACGUGUUUCCGAAAAAUUUACCUGUAUUACCUCCUGUACGAGAGGUGGAGUUUGGCAUCGAAUUGAUACCAGGAACUGCACCUAUUUCUAAGGCUCCAUAUAGAAUGGCACCAGCAGAACUAGAAGAAUUAAAGAAACAGAUCCAAGAUUUGGCCAGCAAGGGAUUCAUUCGUCCAAGUGUGUCAUCUUGGGGAGCACCGGUCUUAUUUACGAAGAAAAAGGAUGGGUCAAUGCGGUUGUGUAUUGACUAUCGAAUGUUGAAUCAGGUUACAAUCAAGAACAAAUAUCCAUUGCCUAGAAUCGAAGAUUUAUUCGAUCAAUUAAAGGAAGCAAAG